AUGGAUAGCAGUCCUAAUGUUCAUAAUGAUCAUGACUACAGUAUGCCGAAUAAUAAGUUCCAACAAAAUACAAACUCAUCUCAGUCAAGUGAAGAAAUUCUUGACUAUUCUAUGAACCAACUAAAAAGUUCUUCUACUUCAGAUUCUUCUAUAACUUCAUUCUCGACGGAAUCAAUCACAUCUGCUGCAUCAUUUUUAUCCGAUGACUCCUCCUUUCCUUACUCUUGUUUCACUUCGUCUGCCUUCACAAAUCCAAAUCUUCCUCAAAAAUCCCCAAAUGAUAUUCUUUCAGUUCUACUCAAUCAAAAAUCGAUCAGUUCAACUUUGGUACCAUCUAGUGCCAAUACUUUACUGCAACAACAAUUAAAUUCUCUGUAUGUCAAUACAAAUAGUGUAUCAAUUCCACAAGUGAAGCAAGAUAUGCCUUAUAUAGGAAAUUAUUAUGAAUAUGCAAAAUUACUUUCAAAUUUUUUAAAUUAUUUUUCAUUACUUAACCAUCUCAACACAUCUAACACUACUGACUAUCAAAAUGUCAAUAGUAUUGAUGUGAGUAGAACUGCCAAUAACAAGAAAGGUGUAUAG